AUGUCUGCCGUCGAAACAGCCUCCCCUCACCUCCGGGUGUCGGCGGCGACGGCGUCAUCGCCGCCAGCCAAAGAAGCCAUCUCUACUCGAAUCCCGGCCCCCGAAACCUCCGCCGUUGAAGACCGCUUCUUCUGGACAUACACCGAAGAGCCGCACCGGUCUCGACGACAAGCCAUUAUCAAGGCUCACCCUGAGGUCCGUUAUAUCCGUUGA